AUGGCCUCGCGCUUCAACCCCGGGAAGCUGUUCAUACGGACGCGCUUCAACUACGAGAAGGUGCCCGGCGACAGUCAGAAUCCAUCCCCUCUACCACUCUUCGGCACAAAGUCAUGGGGCAACAAAUACCACCAGCCCGCCUGGGCAAGUCGCAUGCAGCGCCCACGCUUGUCCUUUGCCCGCCUUGUCACCCUCGUCGUGACAGUCGUCGUCUUGGCUUCCAUGCUCGGAACAGGCAUCUACAGAAGGCACAGAUGGAACGCACAGCAACGGAAAGGCGAAGCCCAAAAGCAGUACCACUGGGAACACUAUCCUCGAUUGAGUGGUUUCUUCAAUGGUGUUCGUACCAUCGUACCCUAUGGUGAAUGGGUGUCGGAGCAGGAUUUCGUCAAGUACUCGCAGAGCCCCAACCCAGAGGACAACAUCAAGCCAAAGUGGCCGCACAUGUCCAAGGAUAACAAGGAGCCUCCCCUCGACCCUGUUCCCUUCAACCCCUACAACUUCGACUCCGCCGAUUACCUAAAAGACCACGAUUCGGUUGAGAAGUGCUUUCUCGACGAGGAGGAGAAGGUCGACCUGCCCGACAUCUACGCAUACCCUGGAAUUCCUCAAAACAUGACCGCACCUUUCUUCGGCUCGUACGAGGAGCUUGGCAUGAACGACAAAGUCUGCUUCGAGCGCUUUGGUCGCCUGGGACCCUAUGGCUACUCCUACUCGCGCGAUGAGGGCGGCCUUGACAUGUCUGCCAAGUCGGAAAAGGCUGGUUCUGAGAAGAUUUGGAGCUGGGAGAAGAAGGUCGAUUACCGCAAGGUCAACUGGGCCUCUGCCCAAAAGCGUUGCCGCGAGAAGAACAAGCACCGCUUUGUGAAGAACACCACUGAGCCAACCGAAGAGUCGGCGCCUGCGAAGAAGAAGGUGCCCAGACACGCCUACAUUCUCCGCACUUGGACCGGCUACAAGUACACCGACUACCAAAUCCUGACUAUCCGAGCCAUGAUCAAUGAGCUUUCCCUCAAGUCUGGAGGCGAGUACGAUGUUCACUUCCUACUCCACGUCAAGGACGAUAGCCUUCCCAUCUGGUCCUCGGAGGAGAUCUACCAAAAGGUCAUCGAGGACAAUCUUCCCAAGGAGUUCUGGGGCAUGGCUACUCUCUGGUCUGAGCAGCAAAUGCGCAUGUACUACCCCGAGCCGUUUCCCAAUAACGUCUACAACCAUGCCAAGGCGCCCGUUCACUCUGUAUACCGCAGCGCGCACUUUGCUCUACAGUGGUUCUCGCAAGCUCGUCCCGAGUACGACUUCUACUGGAACUGGGAAAUGGAUCUCCGCCUUACUGGCCACUACUACGAGUUCCACAACAAGAUCGGCGAGUGGGCCAAGAAGCAGCCUCGCAAGGGUCUGUGGGAGCGCUCUUCCCGCUACUACAUUCCAGAACUCCACGGUUCAUGGAAGAACUUUACUGAAAUGGUGGAGGAGGAAUUAUACAACAGCGACGAGAAGCCCGUUUGGGGCCCACCCAAGUUCGAGAACACAGGCAUGCUUGCCAGUCCCCCAGAAACAGAGCCCCCUCGAUCCUACCUCCAAGACAACUAUGAGUGGGGUGUCGGCGAGGAAGCCGACAUCAUCACGUUCAACCCCAUCUUCGACCCAGCAAAGACGAACUGGGUUUUCCGCGACGACGUAACUGGCUACGACCUUGAGUUGCCAGAACCCCCAAGACGUUGCGCCAUCAUCACCGUAUCCCGCCUAUCUAAGCGUCUAUUAGACCUCAUGCACCGCGAAACGUAUCUCAUGAAGCACCACAUGUUCCCUGAGAUGUGGCCGCCAUCAGUCGCAUUCCACCACGGCUUAAAGGCCGUCUACGCCGCCCACCCCGUCUACUUCGACCACAACUGGCCACUCGAGAACAUCGAUGGUACCUUCAACAAGCCCCCAAAACCCACCGACAGCGUUUUCGGCUGGGGCGAGCAUAACCAGCUGGGCAACAGCUUUUACUACAAUGCAGGCUUCAGCUCAGAGUGGUGGCGAAGGUGGCUUGGUUCGCGCGAGAAUGACAAGGGCGGGCCAGCUGAGGAAGAGGCUGGAACUGGCCGGUUAUGCAUGCGGCCGACGCUCUUCCAUCCCGUCAAAUACGAGAAAGGAUCAGAUUGA